AUGGGCCUCACGGGCCCACCCAGCACCCUGAGACCACACUGGUGCCUCCCAGUGACCCUGCUGGGACAUCAGGACAAAGAAGACACUGUCUCGCCUCUCGAAAGCCGCAGCUGCGCCUGGGCUGGCGCCAGAAGGGUGCCGUCCUGGGUCGUGGGAACCUCAGCUGGAGUGGGGGCGCCCUCUGCUGGUCAAGCCCCAGAUGGCAGGAACUGGACCGUGCCAGGGCUUGAUUCGCUCACUGCCUUUGACCAGCCUGAACCUGCGCCCAGAAGGGGCUUACACCGCACAAGAGCCCGUGGGAUACCAAAAACCCUAGGCUGUGGGGGGUGGGCACAGGGAUUCAGGGACCAACCCGUCACGGCCCCAGUGCUCCAGGCCCGCAGGGACCGGCCCGUCACAGCCCCAGUGCUCCAGGCCCGCAGGGACCGGCCCGUCACGGCCCCAGUGCUCCAGGCCCACGGGGACCGGCCCGUCACGGCCCCAGUGCUCCAGGCCCACGGGGACCGGCCCGUCACGGCCCCAGUGCUCCAGGCCCGCGGGGACCAACCCGUCACGGCCCCAGUGCUCCAGGCCCGCGGGGACCAGGCCGUCACGGCCCCAGUGCUCCAGGUCUGCGGGGACCAGCCCGUCACGGCCCCAGUGCUCCAGGCCUGCGGGGACCAGCCCGUCACGACCCCAGUGCUCCAGGCCUGCGGGGACCAGGCCGUCACGACCCCAGUGCUCCAGGCCUGCGGGGACCAGCCCGUCACGACCCCAGUGCUCCAGGCCUGCGGGGACCAGCCCAUCACGACCCCAGUGCUCCAGGUCUGCGGGGACCAGCCUGUCACGGCCCAGGGUUCAUGUCUGAGGAGCUGCACUUUGGAUUGGGGGAAUGAGCCCGGGUGGGGAAACAGUCGGAGAGUGAUGGGCCCAGAAAAGGGUCAGACCCAGGUGGAGAUGCCACUGGCUGUUAGCAGACCCCGCGCUGGGUCUAGCCCACCCGGUUCCAUGGGGAUGCUCCUGUGCUCUGCAGACAUCUGGGUGCUGCCACCGGGGCCCCACAGAGUUGGCCGUCUGGGUGGAUCUGAGCCAAGUGGUGCUUCUGGGCCUCAGCAAGUAGCUGCUGCUGAUUCUGGGCGGCCGCCGGUGGCAGCGUCUUCAGGCGUGAGCGCUGCUGGGUGAAGCUGCGUGGGCAGUCCAGAAAGUGACUGAUGGUCCAGAAUGACUGACCUAGGGUUUCUGGCCCCCAUCGGUGCAGAUGCCGUCCUCCAAACCAUCACGGUCCCUCUCUGGCUGGGGACGUAUGCCUGCCACUGCUGGCUUGACAACAUGAUCAUUGGUUGUGACCUGUUGAGCUCAUCUUGCCAGCCUCACAAAGCACAGUACCAGCUGCUUAUGGCAGGGAAGUGGAAGAACUUGCCCCAGAUAUUUCUGGAGAAUUACCGUGUGUGCUAGUCAGUCGUUUGUGUCAACCAGGCCAGGCUGUGGGGCCCAGUGAUCUCAUCAACAGGAACCGAGGUGUUGCUGCGAUCGUGUGCUGCUGGAAUGUGGUGAACAACUACAGUCGAUUACACCUAAAGAUCAUUCUUGAGAAUGUGGGUGGGCCUCAUCCCAUCAGCUGAAAGCUUCAAGAGCAAAAACCCAGGUUUCCCACAGAGGGAAUUCUGUCUUGAGACGGCGGCGUCCACUCCCACUGGAUGUCCAGCCUGAGGCCCUACGGCUGGGUGAGCCUGUCCGCUCUAUCUCCUAUUGGUUCUGUCUGCGGACCCACCUUGUGGCCACAGACCCUCCAGCGAGGACUUCCUGUGUUUCUUCAGAGCAGCCCUUGUGUGCUGGAGGCCUGGGCUUCCGUGUGUCCUUGGGUGCCCUGGGGUGUGUUCUGUGACCCCCCAGCUCCUCGCCUCAUGGGGCUGCUGUAUCAAGUGACACAGUUCGUGUGCUGUGUACCAUGCCUGGCACCCGUUCGAGGUGUUCGCCCGACGAGAACAGCCUAAGACCUGGAAACUGCAAACUUGUUUGAGUGGAUGGGAAGUUGGUACUAUUUCAGGCUGAGUGACAAGACUCUGCGAUGCCACUGCUUCUCAGCCUUGGCUGCACAACAGAACCCACCGAAGAGGUUUUAAAAACGUUGGUACUUGCUGGA